AGCACGUGCCCCCGGAGCUGUGGGAGCCCUUCUACACUGACCAGUACGCGCAGGAGCACGUGAAGCCCCCCGUGACGCGGCUGCUGCUCUCGGCCGAGCUCUACUGCCGGGCCUGGCGACAGGCGCUGCCGCAGCUCGAGACGCCCCCCAGCCCCUCGGCGCUGCUGGCCCUGCUGGCACGAAGGGGCACGGUACCCGCGCUGCCGGAGCGCCCCGUGCGGGAGGCGGACCUGAGGCACCAGCCCAUUCUCAUGGGCGCCCACUUGGCCGUCAUCGAUGCCCUCAUGGUGGCCUUUGCCUUUGAGUGGACAAAGACGCUGCCAGGGCCCUUGGCCGUGACCAGCUUGGAGCACAAGCUGCUUUUCUGGGUGGACACGACCGUGCGGCGGCUACAGGAGAAGACAGAGCAGGAGGCGGCACAGCGGGCAUCGCCCGCACCCCCCGCGGACGGUGCGGCCCCGGCGCAGCCCUCGUGCCCCACGCGCUGGUACUGGAAGCUGGUUCCUAGGUGUGCCUCAAGGACCCCAUGUCGGUGGCCGACAGCCUGUACAACCUCCAGCUGGUGCAGGACUUCUGUGCCUCCCGCCUCCCUCGGGGCUGCCCCCUGGCCCUCGAGGACCUGCUGUACGUACCUCCGCCUCUCAAGGUCAACCUGGUGGUGCUGCUGGCUGAGAUGUUCAUGUGCUUUGAGGUGCUCAAGCCUGACUUCGUGCAGGCCAAGGACCUGCCCGAUGGCCACGCUGCCUCCCCCCGGGGCACCGAGGCCUCCCCCCCUCAGAACACCAGUGGUGGCAGUUCUCCCGUCUUCAACUUCCGCCACCCGCUCCUGUCACCCGGUGGCCCCCAGUCUCCACUCCGAGGAUCCACAGGCUCCCUGAAGUCCUCCCCGUCCAUGUCCCACAUGGAGGCCCUCGGCAAAGCCUGGAACCGCCAGCUCAGCCGUCCCCUCUCCCAGGCCGUGUCAUUCAGCACCCCCUUUGGCCUGGACAGCGACGUGGAUGUCGUCAUGGGAGACCCCGUGCUACUGCGCUCCGUCAGCUCAGACAGUCUGGGGCCCCCUCGUCCUGCACCGGCCCGGACCCCUGGCCAGUCGACCCCAGAGCCCGGCGACCUGCCCACCAUCGAGGAAGCCCUGCAGAUCAUCCACAGUGCCGAGCCCCGGCUGCUCCCGGAUGGGGCUGCUGACGGCAGCUUCUACCUGCACUCCCCCGAGGGUCCAGCCAAGCCCCCGCUGUCCUCCUCGUACCCGCCCGACGGGCCCACCAAACCUCCCAUCUACGUGCCCCACCCCGAGACGCCCUCGAAACCAUCCCCCUGCCUGGCAGGGGAGGUCUCGAAACCGCCAGCCCCAUCUGAGGGGUCGCCGAAGGCAGCAGCCUCGUCCCCGGCGGCCACCAACUCCGAAGUGAAGAUGACCAGCUUUGCCGAACGCAAGAAACAGCUGGUGAAGGCCGAGGCGGAGGCUGGAGCGGGGUCCCCCACGCCCGCUCCCGCCGCGCCCGAGGCCCUGAGCUCUGAGAUGAGUGAGCUCGGAGCCCGGCUGGAGGAGAAGCGCCGGGCCAUUGAGGCCCAGAAGCGCCGGAUCGAGGCCAUCUUCGCCAAGCACCGCCAACGACUCGGAAAAAGCGCCUUCUUGCAGGUGCAGCCUCGGGAGGCUGCAGGGGAGGCGGAGGCGGAGGCGGAGGCAGAGGCAGAGCCGAGCUCGGCCCCUGGUGGCGAGCGGCCAGCAGGCGAGGGCCAGGGUGAGCCGUCCUCGCGGCCCAAGUCAGUGACCUUCUCGCCGGAGCUGGGCCCGGUGCCCCCCGAGGGGCUGGGGGACUACAACCGAGCGGUGAGCAAGCUGAGCGCCGCACUGAGCUCGCUGCAGCGGGACAUGCAGAGGCUCACGGACCAGCAGCAGCGGCUCCUGGCCCCGCCCGAGGCCCCCGUGCCUGCCCCGGCACCUGCUGCCUGGGUCAUCCCUGGCCCCACCACGGGGCCCAAAGCUGCAUCCCCCAGCCCUGCCCGGCGAGCCCCGGCUGCCCGGCGCAGCCCCGGGCCAGGCCCCAGCCCAGCGCCCCGCAGCCCGAAGCACACCCGGCCGGCUGAGCUGCGGCUCGCGCCCCUGACCAGGGUGCUCACACCGCCGCACGACGUCGACAGCCUCCCCCACCUGCGCAAGUUCUCGCCGAGCCAGGUGCCCGUGCAGACGCGCUCCUCCAUCCUCCUGGCCGAGGGGUCGCCUCCCGAGGGGCCUGUGGCCCGGCCCGGCCUCAUCGAGAUCCCCCUGGGCAGCCUGGGAGAGCCCGCCGCCGAGGAGGAGGGAGACGGGAGUCCCCCUGGAGCUGAGGACUCCUUAGAAGAAGAGGCGUCCUCCGAGGGCGAGCCCCGGGCAGGGCUCGGAUUUUUCUAUAAGGAUGAAGACAAGCCCGAGGACGAGAUGGCCCAGAAGCGGGCCAGCCUGCUGGAGCGGCAGCAGCGGCGGGCCGAGGAGGCCAAGCGGCGCAAGCAGUGGCAGGAGGCGGAGAAGGAGCAGCGGAGGGAGGAGGCUGCCAGGCUGGCCCAGGAGGAGGCUCCUAGCCCAGCCCCUGCUGCCCCUGCACCUGCUGCGGCCCCAGCAGUAGCAGCAACCCCGGCCCCCGCCGCCCGGGCUCCUGCCGAAGAGGAGGUGGGUCCCCGGCGGGGGGACUUCACACGGCUCGAGUACGAACGCCGGGCCCAGCUGAAGCUGAUGGACGACCUGGACAAGGUGCUGCGGCCCCGGGCUGCGGGGAGCGGGGGCCCGGGCCGGGGCGGGCGGAGGGCCCCCCGGCCACGCUCCGGUUGCUGUGAUGACUCGGCUCUGGCGAGAAGCCCGGCCCGCGGCCUGCUGGGUUCGCGGCUCAGCAAAGUCUACUCCCAGUCCACCCUGUCCCUGUCCACCGUGGCCAACGAGGCCUCCAACAACCUUGGUGUGAAGAGGCCAUCUCGGGCCCCGUCGCCGUCCGGCCUCAUGUCCCCGAGCCGUCUGCCCGGCAGCCGGGAUCGGGACUGGGAGAACGGCAGCAACGCAUCCUCGCCCGCCUCGGUGCCCGAGUACACAGGUCCUCGGCUGUACAAGGAGCCUAGCGCCAAGUCCAACAAGUUUAUCAUCCACAACGCCCUGUCGCAUUGCUGCCUGGCGGGGAAGGUGAACGAACCGCAGAAAAACCGCAUUCUCGAGGAAAUUGAAAAGAGCAAAGCCAACCACUUCCUCAUCCUCUUCCGCGACUCGAGCUGCCAGUUCCGAGCCCUGUACACGCUGUCGGGGGAGACGGAGGAGCUGUCGCGGCUGGCGGGCUACGGCCCCCGCACCGUCACGCCCGCCAUGGUCGAGGGCAUCUACAAGUACAACUCGGACCGCAAGCGCUUCACCCAGAUCCCCGCCAAGACCAUGUCCAUGAGCGUGGAUGCCUUCACCAUCCAGGGCCACCUCUGGCAGAGCAAGAAGCCCACCACGCCCAAGAAGGGCGGUGGCACCCCCAAGUAGCCCCGCCCUCCCGGAGGACAGUCCGGCUGUUCCUGGGUCCUGUCUGUCCCCGGCCUUGUCCGGGUGGGGCUGGAGCCCCCACCCCCUAACUCUGAGUCUGGUCCUGCUGUGGGGGCUGAGCUGGGAGGUUCAGGGACUCAGGGCUCAGCUCGGUCCCCUUGUCUGUCCCCCCCUUCUUGAAUAAAAUAAUUUAAAGAGAA